UACUCAGAUUUGGGAUCGAAGAGACGUAGUAGGUUGCCGGCCGAUUUUCGAGGAUUGUCUGUUACCUCCGGUUGUGGCGUUUCCAUGGCAAUGCAUGGCGGUGAGAGAGGGAGAGAAGAUCGGGUGAAAAUGGAGGAGAGCAGGCGGAAUGUGGUGUACAUGUGUGGUUAUCUCCCCGGAGCCUCGCCGGAGAAGUCGCCGAUGCUCUCUCCGACGCCGGUGCGGGAUCCCGGCGGAGAUUCGUGGAAGGACGUCUUCGGCGGCGGCUGCGGAUUCGCCAUGGCCGUUUCAGAUUCUGGAAAGUUAAUUACUUGGGGUUCAGCAGAUGAUGAAGGUCAAAGCUACAUAACAUCGGGAAAGCAUGGGGAUACUCCAGAGCCUUUUCCUCUCCCAACUCAAGCGUCGGUUUUGAAUGCUGCUGCUGGUUGGGCUCAUUGUGUUACAGUAACAGAGCCAGGUGAAACAUACACAUGGGGUUGGAAAGAGUGUGUUCCUUCUAGCAAACUCAUCUCAGAUUCGGCUUUUGUAGGAAGCUUCCAAAAGGAAGCUCUCACAAGACAAAGCUCUUUGUUGAGUGAGCAAGUGAGCCCUAAAUCUCAACCCUCAAGCCCAAAUAGUGGGAUGUUCAGUCAACUUAAUGACAGAAAGGUUGUUGAAGAAACUGUGAAGCGCAGAAAAGUAUCAUCAGCUAAACAAGAAAAUGAGAGUGUAACGCUAGGAGAGGAAACAUUUACACCAUCACCUUGUCUCGUCACCCUGGGACCUGGAGUUAGGAUAACCACUGUUGCUGCUGGUGGGCGCCACUCUUUAGCCUUGUCAGGUUAUAUGAAGUAUGAAGCUAUGGAAGAUUUUUUAUGUAAAGCAAGACACCUGAUUCAUCAUAUUUUUACCGAAGUUUCAGAUGUGGGACAGGUCUGGGGUUGGGGCUAUGGAGGUGAAGGACAGCUAGGUCUGGGUACCAAGAUAAAAAUGAUGUCUUCUCCUCAUUUAAUACCUUGCAUUCAGACACCUAAUCUGGUUAAAGAUGGCGCACUGACUAGUAGCCAAGGAAGCAUGAGUUCAGGAUUACAAUCUUCCAAAGUGCCUGGAAAUUAUGUGAGAGGAAUUGCUUGUGGAGGUCGACAUAGUGCGGUAAUUACAGAUACUGGAGCAUUGCUAACUUUUGGAUGGGGGCUCUAUGGGCAGUGUGGACAAGGGAGUACAAAUGAUCAACUCAGACCGACAUGUGUAUCUUCUUUACUGGGAACUGCUAUUGGGGGAAUUGCUGCUGGUCUCUGGCAUACAAUCUGUGUUUCUACUGAAGGUCGAGUAUAUGCCUUUGGUGGUAGCCAGUUUGGACAACUGGGGACUGGUGGAGAAAGUGCAGAGACUCUGCCCCAACUUUUGGAAUGUCCAGAUUGGAAGGGCAAGCAAGUGAAGGUAGUAUCGUCCGGAGCCCGUCAUAAUGCAGUACUGACAGAGGAUGGACAAGUAUUUAGCUGGGGAUGGAACAAGUAUGGACAGGUCUUGGAGAUUCAAUUGAUCGCAACAUCCCUUCCCAAGUACCAAUCGAUGGCUGUCUGCCAAGAAAUGUUGCGUGUGGGUGGUGGCAUACAUUGUUGCUUGCUGAAGUUUCUGUGUAGAUCUCUGACAUGUCCCAUGUGAGGGCCAGGCAGAACAAAGUUUUGUUAGGAUAGGGGUUUCUCUUAAAGUUGUACAUGUAGCAUCUGGAUGUAUAUUGUGUUUCCUUAGGUUGAUCUACAUGACAGAGCAUUUGUUCAGGAGCUACUUUUGACAAAGAUUCAGAAGAGAUUGCAGUUCUUUGCACACAACAUCCAAACUCUUAUUGAUUUCUAGUUUGAUUCGUACA